GAAUCCAUGGCGUGGCGAUGCCCAACUGUGUAACUCUGCGACGCGCGCUGUGGCUCUCCCUUUCACUUCCCCACUCCUAGUGACUGUCGUCGCUCAUCACCAUGGCGGAUCUUCAGCAUGACGAACCCUUGCCGGAGCUUAAGGAGGACAUCGGAGGAGAGAUUGGGGCUUUCGAUCCCUCAAAGAAAAAGAAGAAGAAGAAAGUUCGCAUUCAGGAGGAUGAAGAGCCCAUCCCCGUGAAGGAAGCUGCUCCUGCUGAAGGCGGCGUGGAUUCAUCAUUUGCUGGUCUGAAGAAGAAGAAGAAAAAGAAACCAGUUGAAGACGAAAAUCUAGAGGAAGAGAACGGCAAUGAUGAAGAUGAAGCUACCGGGGACGGUGAAGUUGAUGAUGAUGAUGAUGAGCCUGCCGAAGGUAUUCAACUGGGCAUUUCUCAGUAUCCUUGGGAAGGAUCGGAUCGUGACUACUUGUACGAGGAGCUCUUAGGCCGGGUAUUCGAUAUCCUGAGAGAAAACAAUCCAGAGCUGUCUGCAGAGAGGAGGCGUACUAUCAUGAGGCCUCCUCAGGUUCUCCGAGAAGGAACCAAGAAGACCGUCUUUGCUAACUUCAUGGACCUUUGCAAGACCUUGCAUAGGCAACCGGAGCACGUAAUGACUUUCUUAUUAGCCGAGUUGGGUACAAGCGGAUCAUUGGACGGACAGCAGCGUUUAGUCGUGAAAGGUCGAUUCGCUCCAAAGGUGUUUGAGGGUAUUCUUAGGCGCUAUGUCAAUGAAUACGUUAUGUGCAAUGGUUGCAAGAGUCCGGACACUAUCCUUACGAAGGAGAAUCGGUUGUUCUUUCUUCGUUGUGAGCAGUGUGGAUGCUCGCGAUCGGUAGCGCCAAUCAAAGCCGGUUAUGUUGCAAGGGUUGGACGACGUAAGACAACGACUUAGGGCGAGGUUAUUGGAUUUUAGUAAGAUGGAAGUUCAUUUGCAUGUUUGGAGGAGUUGGAUGACAUAUAAUGGUCUAGUUUCAAAAUUUGCAGGCUGGUUCCUAAUUCAGUUGAAGUUCAAUCAGCUUAUCCUGUGUACACCUUCCCUCCAUUUUUCACUAGGACAUAGUUUUUCGUCUCUAUUCUUCUUUUGUGAUGGUCCUCGGCAUGAAUGUUAGCCUGAUUGGCUGUCCAUUGCUGUGCGAUUUCCUGUUAGUUUUUUCUCCGUUUUUUUAGGUAUGAUCAAUGUGGUGCGCAAUAGUGCAGUACGACAGGAUCGUUGCCGUUUCGUUUAGAUUAUGUGGGAUUGCCGUGUUAUCCUGAGUGAGUUCAUUACAUUCGCUCUGCUUGUGUAAGAAAGUAAUUUCCUUGAA